CUGGACUCAAUUCUAAUAUGUUAUGGAUCUGGGACUAUCAAUACCAAUACCGACCAUCUUCAUGAUAUUCUGUGAAGUGUGAAGUAGUGCCGAAUUUUUGAGCUUCAAGGGUACCACGGCGCUCUCCUCGUAUCCAGCCACGCAAAUCGCUCAAUCUGCGCGUCCUCGGCACUUCUGUCUUAUAUCUGCUACCGGCUAUCCCCGCUUCUAUCAUCAUGUCCUGGUCAACCUCCGUUCGACCAAGUCAGGCGCUCUUUUGCAGAUGUUCCAGGGCACAGCCGAUCAGCCUUCGCCACCUUUCGUCGCUUUAUUCGACGUUACCUCACACCCGAGUCAAUUAUGGUGCAAAGGAGGCGUUUCCUAUCCCCCCGGCUCCCCGGCUCAUCACACGCCCUCCAUCAGAACCAGUCCGAUACAAUUCACAAUUCCCGUCGAUACACCCCAUUGCAAUUAACCCUAGUUCUAGCCAGACAGUUGCCGCAGUUCGAUAUGAGCCACCGAAGACCGGGUUGAUUGCUUAUCUUCCCAAGUCCUGGGUUCCUUAUGCCGAACUUUUACGACUUGAUAAGCCAACAGGCACUUAUUAUCUGUUCUUUCCCUGCCUAUUUUCAACCCUUCUCGCUGCGCCAAUGGCGACUCAGACAGUUGGCCUUCUGGAGGUCGUCGAAACUGCGAGUCUUUUCUUCAUAGGUUCACUGAUCAUGCGGGGCGCCGGGUGCGCGAUUAAUGACCUGUGGGACAGAGACCUAGAUCCUCAUGUUGCGCGUACACGUUUCAGGCCUAUCGCUCGACGUGCCAUAACUCCCGAGAAGGCUUUGGUAUUCACCGGCACGCAACUGCUUGCAGGACUCGGCAUCCUGCUCCAAUUCCCUACCGAAUGCCUCUGGUAUGGUAUCCCGAGUCUCCUCUUUGUGGCCAGUUACCCACUUGCCAAGCGCGUCACCAAUUAUCCACAGGCUGUACUGGGCCUAACGUUUUCAUGGGGUGCUAUCAUGGGCUUCCCGGCGUUAGGCGUAGAUCUUCUCCACAAUCAUCAGGCCUUGGUGACUGCAGCCGCCCUGUAUUCCAGCUGCAUCGCUUGGACCAUCCUAUAUGAUAUGAUCUAUGCCCACAUGGACAUAAAGGACGAUGUUGCCGCGGGGAUCAAAUCGAUUGCAUUGCGCCAUGAGCACAACACCAAGGCUGUUCUUUCCGGUCUGGCGGUAGUCCAAGUGUCUCUGCUUGCUGCUUCGGGAGUAGCAGCAGGAGCAGGACCGAUCUUUUUUGCCGUUAGUUGCGGGGGCGCCCUUGCCACUCUAGGUAUCAUGAUCCGAAGAGUGCAAUUGAAAAGUGUCCAGAACUGCUGGUGGUGGUUUAAAAAUGGGUGUUUGCUCACUGGUGGAUCUAUCUCCUUGGGUAUGUUCCUGGAAUAUCUAGCGCAAUAUCUCGGCUUUUACCAGAAACCUGAAGCGCUGGAGGCUGGCUUGGAAACACAAUAGAAAGACCUGGUUAUCUCAAUGUUGUAUUAUAGAAGAGUUCAUUAUAAUAGCCAUAGAUCAAGGAACUCAGCCCGGUACAUAUGCUUUUUGAUUGAUAUGAAACAAUAUUCAAUGAAUGUCUUAAUUAGAUGAAUCUUCCCCCCU